GGAAUGGCACUUCCGGAUAACUUCCUGGUGGUAAAUUUUCAAAAACGAAUCUCUUAUUACUAAAAUAUGCGGACAAUUUUUCCACAAAUCUCUUUAACCGCAGGUUAAAAUGAGAGAAGCGGACACUUUGGUUAACAUAUUACAGCGUAAAGACUACAAGCUAACGCUAGCUAGCUUAGCUCCCAGUGCUGCGUGCUAAUCUGGUUUCCCUGUGUGGUUUAUGAUGGAGAGACUCAUAACAAAGCUCACAGAGAGACGCGUCCUUUUCACGGCUUCACUCGCUAUAAGACUCGCUUUGGUCGCCUAUGGAGACUACCAGGACAGGACUAUGGUGGUGAAGUACACUGACAUCGACUACCAUGUGUUCACAGAUGCUGCGAGAUUCAUAACAGAGGGGGAGACCCCGUACAACAGAUCAACGUACCGCUACACCCCUCUCCUCGCCUGGCUGCUCACCCCUAACAUCUAUCUCAGCAUGGUAUUUGGCAAGAUCCUCUUCAUUGUGUGUGAUAUGCUGUCUGGACUACUCAUCUACAGAAUCCUCCGCCUGCGAGGUCUGGGCUCUGAGGCUGCACGUCGUGUUUGUUCCUUGUGGCUCCUCAACCCGCUGCCCAUGGGAGUAUCCAGCAGAGGGAACGCUGAGUCAAUCCUGGCAGCCCUGGUGCUAGGGACUCUACUUUGCAUGGAAGCCCGGCAUCUGACGUGGGCAGCCAUACUCUAUGGUCUGUCAGUCCAUAUGAAGAUCUACCCUGUAACAUAUGCUCUGCCCAUCGCACUGAUCCUGCGCACGCCAGAGACCAAAUCAGAGGAGGACAGAAAGCCAUGGAGGAGGAUCGCUGGGUUUAUUGGAAGCUUCCUCAACCGGAACCUGUUCCUCUUUGCAAGUGUGGCCGGAGGAGUUUUCUGUCUUCUUACAGCGCUCUUCUAUUACAUGUAUGGAUGGGAGUUCCUUCAUGAGACGUACCUGUACCAUCUAACCAGACGGGACAUUAGACACAACUUCUCUCCGUACUUCUACAUGCUCUACCUCACAUCAGACAGCAGGUGGAGCCAGUGGCUCGGCUUGGCGGCAUUCCUGCCACAACUCAUCCUGCUGUUGGCGGCAUCGUGGGCCUUUCACUCUGACCUGGCCUUUUGCUGUUUCCUGCACACAGCCAUCUUUGUCUCUUUCAACAAAGUCUGCACUUCACAGUACUUCCUGUGGUACCUGUGUCUGCUCCCUCUGGUCAUCCCUCACCUGAGUCUGUCACUAAAACAGGGAGUGGGACUGUUGCUCCUUUGGUUUGCCGGACAGGGUAUCUGGUUGGGCCCAGCUUACUUCCUGGAGUUUGAAGGCCACAACACCUUCCUGUUGAUCUGGCUCGCUGGAUUGCUCUUCUUGAUCAUCAACUCCUCAGUCUUGAUUCAGAUCGUCGCCCAUUACAAACCAACUCAAACUGCACAGAGAGUGAAGGCUGAAUGACAUUUCAGUAACUGAAACAGAAGAGGAUGGACUGCUGUGUGGAUGCAUGUCAAAAAUAAAGUUUGUAUUUUGUUUA